AUGUUCGUCUUUCAAUCAACUAUCUACUCGGCUGCAGGGGCCGUUGGUCAUGACAUCUCCUACAACAAGGUGUUCGUCGGUUCUGUCGAAUCGAGAAGCAUGAUGCUUGGUAUUCAAAGAUCACGCUUCAAGUGGACCAGUCAGAUGGCUAUCACUGGAAUGGGGCUUCCUUGCAUAAUGGCGCUGUGCACACGCUUCCCGCGACAGCAGCAGCGACGGCAGCAGUCCACACCGGAUUACCACCAAGCCAACGGCGGCCUAUCCACAAGUGCUGCGGGUGUGACAAUGGCGACGCGAGCUCCGCGUUCGAACGGCAUUCAUACUCAAUUGGGCGGCCCGGAGCUGAGCAAGAUGCAACGACCGAGAUCACCCUUGACUCUCAAUCAGCGAUCUAAUACCCACACUGGUCACGAGACGCCCGAUGCGCGCCCGUCAAGUGCACCCGGAGAUAAUCAGAAGCAGGAUGCGGGGCCUGGAGGCUUCGCGCACCAUCGCAACCCUGGACAAGGCAGCAACGGACAGCCGAGGCGACAGCAGCCCAAACCGCUGCUCCUCCGUACAAGGAGCGAGUUUGGCGUUCGACCGAACGAUUCUGAUCAGUCAGAUGAGGAAAUACCCCAAUGGGGCGCGAGGCAUGGCUUCGACGAGCUCUACGAAUCGCAGCAGUUCAUGGACAAGCUGGCCAAUAACUGGUACAUGUACUGGACCGACAAGCGCCACGAGUCGACGGGCAAGCCGAAGGCCUCGUCUCAUGAACUUCAGGACUGGCGCAUGCGCGACCGGCUCAAAACGGUGUCAGCUGCGCUUGCUGUGUGUUUAAACAUCUCUGUGGAACCGCCAGAUCAACUCAGAACGAACCCCGGGGCCAAGUUAGAGGCAUGGACGGACCCUUACCAUCCAGCACCCCAAAAGGCUUUGGAAAACAUAGGAAAACAACUCCAGAGCCAGUACGAAACACUCGCGAUCCGGACACGGUACAAGCAAUAUCUGGAUCCAUCGGUUGAGGAGACCAAAAAGUUCUGUGUAUCCUUACGAAGGAACGCCAAGGACGAGCGAGUUCUCCUCCACUACAACGGACACGGCGUACCCAAACCAACCGCGAGCGGAGAGAUCUGGGUCUUCAAUAAGAAUUACACCCAGUACAUCCCCGUCUCGUUGUAUGAUCUACAGCAUUGGCUGCAGGCGCCGACCAUUUUUGUUUGGGACUGCUCUGAAGCGGGCAAUAUUCUAAAUAACUACCACCGCUUUGUUGAGAAGCACGAACAAGAAGAAGAUGAGCAGGCUGCUCGGGACUCCAAUUACGAGAAGACGGCUUUUCAGCCAUACAUUCACCUCGCCGCCUGCGGUGUCAAAGAAAACCUGCCUACCAAUCCUCUCCUCCCUGCGGAUCUCUUCACGGCUUGCCUUACAACACCGAUUGAAAUGGCUCUGUGGUUCUUUGUGCUGCAGAAUCCGCUGAAGACCAACUGUACACCCGAGCAGGCAAAAAAGCUACCGGGUAGACUCCAAGAGCGUAGAACGCCUCUAGGGGAGCUGAACUGGAUCUUCACAGCCAUCACGGAUACAAUUGCAUGGACAACUCUACCUCGACAUCUUUUUAGGAAGUUUUUCCGGCAAGACCUCAUGGUAGCAGCUUUGUUCAGGAAUUUCCUGCUCGCGCAGAGAGUCAUGUCCGUCUACGGCUGCCAUCCCCAGUCAUUCCCCGAGCUUCCGGAUACCAAGCAGCACCCGCUCUGGGCGAGUUGGGAUCUUGCUGUCGACAUGGCGCUGGCGCAGCUUCCCAUGCUACAAAAGAAAGAGAACGAUGGUAUCGACUACGAGUAUCAAAACUCGACAUUCUUCACAGAGCAGUUGACAGCCUUCGAGGUUUACCUCGCAAGAGGUGACGCAAUGUCACAGAAGCCCCCAGAGCAGCUCCCCGUUGUCCUGCAGGUCUUGCUUAGCCAGCAACACAGGGUUCGGGCGUUGAUCCUUUUGGGCAGCUUUCUCGAUCUUGGCCCUUGGUCAGUGCAGUUGGCCUUGAGCAUCGGCAUCUUCCCAUACGUUCUGAAGCUGCUGCAGUCGGCUGCAGCCGAGCUAAAGCCUGUCAUGGUCUUUAUUUGGACUAGGAUUCUCGCAGUCGACAUCUCCUGCCAGCAGGAUCUCAUCAAGGAUAACGGCUACAACUAUUUUGCUGCUAUUUUGAAGCCUACUGAAGCCCUUCCUGUCUCGAACAGCGACGAGCACAAGGCGAUGUGCGCCUUCAUUCUUGCUAUGUUGUGCAGGGGCUACAAGCCUGGUCAACAUGUCUGCAACCAGACAGAUAUUAUGACAUACUGUCUUGCCCACCUACAGCACCAGGACAACCCCCUACUUCGGCAAUGGGCUUGUCUCUGCCUUAGCCAGCUAUGGAACGACCUCCCGGAGGCGAAGUGGCGCGGCAUCAGAGAGAACGCCCCGAGUCAGCUCUCCGUUCUUACCAAAGACCGCUGUCCCGAGGUCAGGGCUGCAAUGUUGCAUGCCAUGACCACAUUCAUCGGCAUCAUCGAUCUAACGGACGAGGUUGCGCGUGUCGAAGAAUCCAUCGCCUGGACGCUACUGGACAUGGCGAACGACGGAAGUCCAAUGGUUCGCCGUGAGUUCCUUGUCUUCUUGUCUCACUUUAUUCUUCGCUUCGAAAGCAAGUUCAUUGUCGCUGCUGUAGAGCAGCUGCAAGAAGAAAAGGAAUACCUUCUGUUUCCGCCAGAAAUCGACGGCUUGGAGAACAAGAUGGGUCUGCAUUACACCAGGCAGGAGAACCGCAAUGUUGAUGGAACCAUCAAGCCUUCAGCACAUGGUUUUGCACACAACACCGUCUUUGCCGCUUGUUGGAAGCAUGCUCUUAUGCUAAACGUUGAUCCUCACCCCGAGGUCCAGCGCGAUGCUACCACCAUUGUUGACUACAUGCAUAACGCGUUGCUCGCGUCACCUGUCGGUGAGCAUGCUCAAGCGUUGAUGGACGACAUUCGAAGAAGGGCGAAGCGCGCCUCUGCCAGAAGCCAGCACGCUGCUAAUAAUAGGCAUGGCGUUCUCGGUGCAUCACCAUCAUCCACAAACGCUCCACUGCCGUCCCCAGGACUCCUGCGUAGGACCGCGAGCUACCUGUUCACCGGCAUGUUUGGAGCGAACGGAGCAAUGGAACCCGGGAGAACCAUGAACCAAAGCAACCCCGUUCCUUCUUCGCCUGGCCUACCUCGGAGUGCCUCUCAAAAGUUCCGAGGACCUGAGCUGGCUUCCGCUCCUCCAGACCAGAUUGAUCAGACCAACUACUCCAAAUAUCACACAGCCAACGAGCCCGUAUCCGGCGGCUACGAAGAGCGCAGCGUGGGGGAAAUUUCGUCGCUCCCUCUUCGCAGCACCUUCCUAGAUUGGUCUGUAGAAUACUUCCGUGAGCCUCAGAUGAAGCCGAGUGAGUCGGAUGAGCCGGGAAGUACGGAGUACAACGAGCGCCUUUGGAGAAGGUCUCGCAAUGAGACGAUUCUCCAAGACACCCAGCCCCUGAAGCAGUAUGCCGGCAGCCACAAGUGGGACAAUCAGGUUCGACUUAUCAACAAUGGCGCCCAACCUGCCAAGAUGACUUUCCAUCAGUUCGAAGACCAGCUUGCGGUGGCAGAUAACGGCAACACUGUGUAUGUCUGGGAUUGGAAGAAGCAGUCACGUCUCAGCAAGUUCUCCAACGGCAACCCCGAGGGCUCCAAGAUCAGCGACAUGAAGUUCAUCAAUGAGGACGAUCAAGGUUUCCUUAUGACAGGAUCCUCUGAUGGUGUCAUCAGGGUGUACCGAAACUAUGAUUCAGACGACGCAGGUCGAACUAGCGUCGUCCAAGAGUCGAUGGUGAAGAAGUGGAAGGACGACACGGACAGGCAAUGGAUCAAGAGUGUCCACAUGCAACGUGGAGGUCAGAGAGAGCUCAUCAGCGCUAGCCGCAACGGCAAGGUAAAGCUAUGGGACAUACGCAUGGACAAGCCCCUUCACACGUUCCAAACGACGAAGGACCCACGAGAUACUGUGCGCACGGCCAGUACCCAUGAGCAUUUGCCCGUGUUUGCUGUCGGCACAUCGGCCCGACGAGUUCAGGUCUUCAACUUUGAUGGUCAGGAGCUAUCUGAGAUGGAGCCGUACUCCAGCUUCCUUCAACAGAAUCGAGGCCUUCCCAUCUCUGCUACAGCGUUCCAUCCUCACAGACCCAUUCUGGGAACUGCUGCUAGAGGCGAUCAUCAUAUCAAUCUCUUUACUUGCGAGAAUGCAGAGAUGCUACAGCCUCGCUCCUACUAA